AUGGAGAGAAACAGCAAUUUUCCAAGUAAUCGAGGAACCGAACUGGGAGGCCAAAGGUAUUUUCCAAAGGAAAAGGACAAGAUAUUGAAAAAAUAUCCAUGUCUUAAAAAGGCUGACCUGGACCACAUUCUAGAGGUGGUGUCUGAUGCUGCAGGACAAGGCAUCACCAUCACAGGAGACAAAACCUUCAACAACUGGAAUUGGCCCAAUGCUGUCAUCUUUGCAGCUACAGUUAUUACAACUAUAGGUGUUGACCCCAAUGCUGACUACCCUACUCUGUAUCGGUACUUUGUAGAGGUGUGGAUUUAUCUUGGUCUGGCAUGGCUGUCUUUGUUUUUCAAUUGGAAGGUGCGCAUGGUUGUGGAGGCUCACAAAGCUCUAAAGAAACAUCGUAAAAGGCGCAAACUUUCUCUGGAUGAGUUACAGCGCAUCAAGGCAAGUCACAAGACCCUACAUCUGCCACCAACUCCCAAUGAUGUCAACAUCUUUAGCUUCCUGUCCAAGAAAAAAGAAGAUUACAAUGACUUAAUCAAGCAGAUAGGUGUUGAGAAGGAAGGAGAAGAUCAAUGUGUCGGCUUCAUCACUGGAAGCAAGAAUAAAGCACCAAACCGCUCAAAGAGCUGCAGUGAUAGUCAUUCCAUUAAUGGAAAUUACAUUAUCAGUCUAGACCGCUCACCUCGACAGAAACGCCACUAUAGCUUCAGUGAUAGAGUUAAUGUAGCUCUCUCAAAAUCCAAGAGUUACCUUCUUAGCCAAGAGGAAUGUCUUCUCAUGAAUGAAAUGCAUGGGGAAGGAGAGACAGACACUGACCUAGACAGUAUAAGAAUGUAUGAGAAUCAGUUGGACAAGGAGGCAGGAGAGAAACACAAAUGUCUAGAACAUGGAGGAUGCAGCGAUGGCCGGAUCACAUGGGACUCCAAAAGUUACCAGCCCCUCAUGUUUCCCAAUGCCAACAUUACCUUUAUUGAUGAAGAGAAUUUGCUAAACAACAACCUGGAGAAUGAUGAUAAUGACUUUAUGCCUAAGUUUUCAACUGCUGAUGAGACCGAUUUCAAAGAGGAACAAGGCUCGGAAUCUGAGACCUCCGUAUUCACCACAGAUGGGUCGGACCAUGGCCACUCCUAUGAACAGCUGGUGGAAGAGUAUUCCAAAGAGGACAACACUGACAUUUGAUUCUGUCUCCUUUCUUAAACCUCAGUAAAGUUUUGUUUCAUGAAAAACCCGAAAUGAUGGUGAAAACUAUAGAAAUAUAAGGUUUUACACA